CCUCAUUAUUUAGAUUAGGAGCCGCCCUUUCCAAUUGAAAUCUAAAAAAAAAUAUUAAAAACUCACCAUUGUUGCUAAAGCUCCAAACAAUUGAUGGCCGUGAUGCAUUUUACUUAUUCAUUUUAUAAGAUUGCAUCUUGAUUGGAGGAGCAUGAUCGAUCCGAGAAAGCGAUGGUGGAAGAAGUGGCAUAGUUUGGAGCAAAGGUUCAGGUUCACACGUGUUCCCGUAAACAGGGCGAGUUUGAUGGAUGGAUGGACCAGUGCUUGGCAGAAUGCAGGAGCAAGGGGUUUGCUAUGACGGGAUCCAUUUCCGAUGUGUUCUCUGGAUCCGAACGUGAGAAGCUGAUGAAAACGAUCUCCUCUAUGUUUGCCGGCAAUCUCAAUAUCCUCCCCUAUUGCUCGAUGCUCAACGCCCAACGCUACCGUCAAUUCAUAACUUCGAUUGUAAUGGGCUGAGCCGUCGUCGAUUCAUAAACACGAAUCUUCGUUUAAUCCUCGGUGCCACCGUUUUCGUGCAACAUGAAUUGAUUCACAACUCCGAUUGAUUGGUGUCGCCGUCGAUUCACAAACACAAAAGGUUUGGUUGAGUUGGCUCAUCAAUUAGCAAUCGACGACCGACGACGACCAUCUAACUUCUCUAUUUGCAUGAAGUCAAUCUGAAUCUCCCAGAAAUGAUCAACCAACUCAACAAAUUAUCCACUUCACUGAAGCCUGCUGUCCACUCGCUUUGUGGCUUGGGAAGAUUGCAAGAUGCUCUGAAGCUCAUCUUCUCUAAUCCAACUCAAUCAGAGCGUUCUCUGUACUCAACAGUUUUGCAGCUAUGCAUCGAGAGAAAAGCCAAUGAAGAAGGCCGUUUGGUUCACGGCCGUCUCAUAACAAACGGAUUUCAUUCAAGCUCGUAUUUGAACACGCAGCUGAUCAUUUUGUACUUGAAGCUCGGCGACAUAGGCACCUCUCGCAUGGUGUUUGAUAGAAUGCCUGAGAGGAGUGUGGUUGCUUGGACAGCUUUGGUCUCUGGAUAUACUCAAAACGGAUACCCAGAGGAAGCUUUUGUAGUGUUCUCAGCGAUGCAUAGGGCAGGUGUUAUGGCUAAUCAGUUUACAUAUGGGAGCGCUUUGAGGGGGUGUUCUAGUAUGGGGUGCUUGAAUAGAGGAGUGCAAAUUCAGGGAUGUAUUCAAAAGAGUAGAUUUGUUCACAAUCUCUUUGUGCAGAGUGCAUUGAUAGAUUUGCAUUCGAAGUGUGGAAAAAUGGAGGAUGCUUGCUACAUCUUUGAUUCAAUGUUAGAGAGGGAUCUUGUUUCUUGGAAUGCAAUGAUUGGUGGGUAUGCGGUUCAGGGUUUUGUAGAUGAUGCAUUUCUGUUGUUCCGUUCACUGCUGAGAGGAGGCAUGCUGCCUGAUUGCUUUACCUUGGCUAGUGUUAUCAAAGCUGCUGAGGGAGAAAGUGGAUUGGUCAAGGUCAUCCAAAUACAUGGAUUCAUUGUCCAACUGGGUUUUGGUUCACACAAUGUUUUGACUGGAUCACUGAUUGAUGCUUAUGCAAAAUGUGGGAGUGUUAGGAUUGCAGAUCAUGUUUACAGGAGUAUGCUUAAAAAAGAUACAGUAUCUUGCACCGCAUUGAUCACUGGAUAUGCUCGUGAAGGUAUCUAUAGUAGAGGUAUCUUUGAUCUCUUCAAGGAAAUACAUCAGUUGUGUAUGGGAGUUGACAAUAUUAUGCUUUGCUCUGUACUUAAUAUAUGUGCCAAUAUGGCAUUUCUGGACUUGGGAAGGCAAAUUCAUGCCUUGGUAUUGAAGUGUCAGUCCAUUCAUGAUUUGGCCAUGGAUAAUGCUCUAAUUGAUAUGUACUCAAAAUCUGGAGAAAUUGGAGACGCUGAACGUGUUUUCUGUGAGAUGGAGAAGAAAAAUGUUGUCUCAUGGACAUCUCUGAUUGGUGGAUUUGGGAAGCAUGGUUAUGGGCUCAAGGCAAUUUCCCUAUUCAAGAAGAUGGAAUAUGAAAAAGUGAAGCCAAAUGACGUGACAUUCCUGACUCUUCUCUUUGCUUGCAGUCAUGCUGGUUUGACUAAUGAAGGAUGGGAAUGCUUCAAUGACAUGAUUAGCAAAUACAACAUCUUGCCAAGAGCUGAGCACUAUUGUUGUGUGGUGGACCUCCUUGCACGUGGAGGGCAGCUAGAAGAAGCUUAUAAUCUAAUAAGGCAGAUGAAUAUUAAGCCCAAUGCCUCACUUUGGGGGGCCAUCCUUGGAGCAUGUAGCAUCCAUGGUGACCUAUCUCUUGGAGAAGUAGCAGCUAGGCAUUUGUUUAAUAUAAACCCAAGGAAGUCAGUCAGCUAUGUGGUUUUAGCAAGCAUAUAUGCUACAGCUGGCUUUUGGGACAGUGUUUGGAGCACAAGGAAAUUAAUAAAGAAGAGAAGGCUUAAAAAGGAUCCUGGAUACAGCCUUUCUUGGUCUGCAUAUACAAGACUGGCUCUUUUGCAGCCAAGUUGAAAUACUAAAAUUACUUGGAGAAGCUUGGUUUUCCAGAUGAUAGAGUUCUUUGGAUGCUCUUUGGCUUGUGUCAAUACCUAUUGACAAGGUUAAGCAGAACAUGACUUUUAUAUUGCCAUUUGACACAAUGCAAUUAUCAACCAUUGUGAUCCUUGAUCACUGAUUGAGGAGCUAGAAUUCAUGUAGCCAACUCCACCUAGUGGGAUUAAGGCUUAAUUUGUUGUUGUUAUGGUCCUUAAUCCCUUGGUUUUGCUGUCCUCUAUGAUUUGGCUCUUUUCUGGCAAACCCAUGAGUUCUUCUGGCUGGAAAUGCAGGCAUUGGCAAUUAUUUAGUGCCACUCAAUGAAUGUUUCUGAUCAGUUGACAGAGAACUACAAAAUUGUAAAAGGUGUCACGUUAUUGACAGAACCUGAAAAGGAGAAUGUGCAUACACAAUUCCUGAGCACUUUGGAUACCAGUUUCUUGAUGAAGGUUUCUUUCUUUAUACGAUAUUCGGUCCAUUUUCUUCAACAAAGUGCUGCAAGAAAGCAACAUACCAUUUCAAUUGGAUUCGAUUUCUACCAAUUGGCAGUGGCAUUGCUUGUUUUGCAUCCUUGGCAGGGACCCAACAUCAAUGCUCUGCUGGCCCAGCAGCCUCUGUUGCUUUGCAUAAUCAGUGAAGAGAAGAGAACCAAAUAGAGUGGACCUCCAGAAUUAAGAUGCUGAAGCUAAGGAGGAAGUCCAUGUUCUGACAGACUUGCAUCCUUUUUUUAAGCAGCACCAAAAGAUGCCCUUUAUUUCUCUAUGCUGUUUUUGGCUCCCAAGAUGUAGGUAAUAUUUGAUUGCCAAUGUACAGGAAAGGGUCUUAGCCCUGUUGGAUUCAUGGCCUCGUACUAGAUCAGAUUAUUAUCUUAGGAGCUUGUAUGCAUUCUCCUUGCUGCUCUUUCUUUUCUUGCUUAAUGUUCAUGGGCACCAAUCCUCUAUGUAUUGGAUUCAUUGAAGUUAUGAAGCAUGGAUUAUUUGAAA